AUGUUUUAUAUUGCAGGAUGAUUACUCUACAGCUGCAAGUGUUGAACAUCCUGAUGACUGGGAGCAACGACCAUUUGAUCCAGCCAUUUUAUACCAGAUAAAUGGUGGAUUGCCCCAUGGGCGUCUACCAAUGGGAAAUGGCAUUGUUAGUAAAUCUGUGGUUCAGGCUGCUGCCAAAUCAAAGAGCAUUAGGCCAUCAAAUUCUAGUUCCUACCGAGCUAUAUAUCGUGAAAAUCAAGAGCUUCGUCUAUCUCAAAAAACUAUCUUGAGUGAAAAUCAAGAGCUACAUCGAAAUCAAGAACUUCACCGCCAAGUGAUAGUGACCCUUCUUGAGAAGAGUAAUUUACCGACACCACCGGAGCUUCUACAAGUUCGUGCACACGCACAAGAACAGGCUAUGGAGGAUGGGACUGACUUCUCUCAUGUGUCCCCUCUGUCUAAGAAGAAUGCUGUUGGAGAUCCAGACUAUGCAGAUGGCGGUGCAAACAAUGUCCAUGAUGGCCGCCAAAAUGGUGAUGGCCAGAACCAAGGCUCCGCAGAUGCUGGUAGCAACAAUGAACAUAAUGGCGACCUAGACCAAGACCCUGCGGAAGGUGAAAUUGUACCUGUGGUUCUAGGUCCUUCUACAGAGUUGUGAUGUGUAGUGAAGAUUAUGGAGACCAUUGAAACGUUAUCUCGUAGUCGAAUUGUAGUUCUGCUUAGAUGGUGAACGUUUACUUGUAGUUAAUGUUGCUUUUAAACUGCUUUGAUUUUAGGGAACGUUUUGGAUAACAUUUCCAAUAUGCACGUUAUGGUAACUACUUCAGUGUUGAACAAAUGCAAGAGAUUGUGUGGAAUCUGCUAUGCUAGAUGGAUUUUAUGUUUGUAUGUUGGUUUCAUGAUAUUUGUAU